UCCCAGUUACAAUUACGCUCCGAACCAAGACAAGCACUGGAUCAUGCGUUACACUGGACCCAUGAGGCCCAUCCACAUGGAGUUCACCAACAUGCUGCAGAGGAAACGACUGCAGACGCUUCUGUCUGUGGACGACAGCGUGGAAAAGCUGUACAACAUGCUGGUGGAGACGGGCGAGUUGGAAAACACCUACAUCAUCUACACGUCUGAUCACGGCUACCACAUCGGACAGUUCGGCCUCGUGAAAGGUAAAUCUAUGCCGUACGAGUUUGACAUCAGGGUCCCGUUCUACAUCAGAGGACCCAACGUGGAGCAAGGCAGCAU